AGCCGCCGCCGCUCUGCUUCUAGCUGAAUCACUCUUUCCUGGUACCAGUUGAAGCUCGCUCUCUCCAUCUCCAUACCUUUUCGAACAAGACAAGACUCCCGUAAUGGUUCGCUCCAACGCCACACGCCUCGCCUGCCGCCUCGCUCGCGCUUCCAUCACUUCUCACCUUCUCCGCGACACUUCUCUUGUCUGUGAUCCGGGUCGCAUUUGGGGAUGCAGACAAUUCACUGCGUCGAUAUGCGAUCAGCGGAGAUUCUUCUCCAAUUCGAAUUUUUGGAAUGGAGCUAAUGAAAGGGGCAGGCUGAGAACUGGAUUGCCAAAAGCUAAUUUUGCUGCUACUAGAAGCAUCCAUGGCACAGCAAGCAUGUCAGCCCGAGAUUAUUAUGAGGUACUUGGCAUCAGUAAGAAUGCAACUGGAUCUGAAAUCAAGAAAGCUUAUCUAGGGCUUGCAAAACAGUUACAUCCAGAUGUGAAUAAAAAUGAUCCAGGUGCUGCAACAAAGUUUCAAGAAGUUCAAAAGGCUUAUGAGGUUCUGAAAGAUGAUGAACAGCGCCAGACAUAUGACAAGCUUGGACAUGAUGCUUACAAUAGCAUGAAUGAGAAUGGUGGUGCUGGAGCACGGACUGGUUUUAGUGGCUUCCCUGGCUUUGAGGAUCUCUUCAGAAAUUCCGAUAUUUUCAACUUCAUGAACCAGAGGAUGCGUGGUGAAGAUGUCAAGAUUUCUGUUGAGUUAUCCUUUAUGGAAGCUGUUCAGGGUUGCACCAAGUCUCUAUCAUACCAAACUGAAAUAGCUUGUGGUGCUUGUGGUGGAAGUGGCAUCCCACCGGGGACUAGGCCUGAAACUUGUAAAUUCUGCAGAGGUUCUGGCAUGGUGAUUCAGAAAAAUGGUUUCUUCACACUACAGAGUACCUGCCCUCAAUGUAAAGGAGAAGGAAAGAUUGUAUCGAGUUUCUGCAAGACUUGCAAGGGAGAACGAGUAGUGAGAGGGCAGAAGACUGUGAAGUUGGAUGUUAUGCCAGGAGUUGACAAUGACCAAGUAAUGAGAGUAUAUAGAAGCGGUGGAGAUGAUCCUGAAGGCAAUGCACCUGGUGAUCUUUACGUCACUAUCAAGGUUAGGAAAGAUCCUGUGUUCCGGAGAGAAAAAUCUGAUAUCCAUGUCAAUGCUGUUCUGAAUUUGACCCAGGCUAUUUUGGGAGGAACAGUCCAAGUGCCAACUUUGACUGGGGAUGUUGUUGUCAAGGUACGCCCUGGCACCCAACCUGGCCAAAAAGUCGUCCUGAAACAGAAAGGGAUUAGAGCAAGAAAUUCCUACUCAGUAGGAGAUCAGUAUGUUCACUUCAUCGUCAACAUUCCAACGAACUUGACACAUAGGCAGCGUCAAUUGAUUGAGGAAUUUUCCCGGGAAGAGCGAAGAGAGCAUGAGACAGACGCGGCUGCAGGAGCCUCCAGGUAGAGAGCAGAGAGAGCCACAGCUACAGUGGGCAUCUGAACAUUUUU